AAAACAUACAAACACGCACUCCUCCCAUUUUGACAUUUUAUUUCUGUUUUCAACAUCUGCAGCUUUUAUUUCUGUUUUCACCAUCUGCAGCUUCUCUCUCACGCUUCAAUCAUGAGCAAGGGACCCGAACUUUUCUUCAAUAUCGGCAAGACCGCCAGAGAUCUAUUGACUAAGGAUUUUAACACCGAUCAGAAAUUUAGCAUCUCCACUUUCAGCGACUCCGGUUUGGCUCUUACAUCAUCUGCUCUCAAAAGAGGAGGUAUCUCAAUUGGAGAUGUCGCCGGAGUAUACAAGUACAAGAACACUCUAUUCAGUUUCAUAGUUGAUUCAGAAUCCAAUAUUGCAAGCACCGUCACAUUUGAUGAGAUCUUUCCAUCCACUAGGGCUAUUGCUUCAUUCAAAUUACCUGACUAUAAUUCCGGCAAGUUGGAGGUUCAGUAUUUCCACGACCAUGCAACCUUCACCACAGCCCUUGCUUUGAACAAGUCUCCUGCAAUUGAUUUUUCUUCUACCUUUGGCACAAAGGCAUUUGCGUUUGGUGCAGAGGCAGGAUAUGAUACUACUUCUGGUAAACUUACAAAGUACACUGCUGGCUUUACUAUGACGAAGGCAGAUUCGACUUACUCAAUAAUUUUGGGCGACAAGGCAGACACUAUUAAGGCGGCAUGUGCAAAAUACCUUGAUCAGUCUAAGAGGAGUGCUUUUGUAACUGAGGUUUCUAGAAAAUUUUCCACAAAUGAGAACGGUUAUGCGUUUGGAGGGUCAUACGCUUUAGAUCCGCUGACAACGGUGAAAGCUAAAAUCAACAACAAUGGGAAACUCGGGGCAGUUCUGCAGCAUGAGAUGAUUCCGAAGUCCUUGCUUACAGUCUCUGGUGAGUUCGACACUGUAAGCUCGGAACGUCCAAAAAUCGGAUUUGCUUUUGCUAUUAAGCCCUGAUGGUGAUUCCGAUAUGAGGAACCAUGUCCGUAAGGUUGGACUGAUUCAUUAAAUGCAUUUGGCCUUACCUUGAUCCUAAAUCUCCUUUUUUUGCUCGGAUUUUGUUUAUAGUGUUUUGAGACAUGAUAAUACUUCACAUAUAUCACUCUCAUCUCGUGGCAAACUAUAAUUUUGUUGUGGAAAAUGUUUCUUUGCCUUUGUUACCAUUACUCUAGAAAGCAUUAUUUUGCUGAAACAUUUUUGUAAUGAGAAGAAAUAAAAACGUUGAUGCAUGAAUUUGGCAUUAA